AUGGCGUUGCCCAAACUCACCACCACAGCCACGGCCGCCACCGUGACAGAAACAGCAAAAUCCUCGGAAACUUCCUCAGAUACGGUUUCAGAUGCAUCCAGUGCUAGCCAGUCUACCAGCCAAUCAUCCGCCACUGAUUCCACGGCUUGGACCACACCAGAAGUGACAGUUCCACCAAUGGACUCCAAUCCCUUCAUAUACCAGACACAGGCCCCAACGGGAACGGUUUUCAUCUGCCUCGGCGCUUUGGCAGCUCUCAUUUUUCUGCUCUACGCCUUCAUCAUGGGCUGGAAGGCUUGGCGGUCGCGCAAGGCAGCUAAAGAGAUGGAUGAAAAGACCAGGGUUUAUCACCCUACAUUCAUGGGAAACCGGGCCUCCUCCCUGAGUGAGCCGUUGAUCAACCCCGUUUGGUCGGAGCAAGGCCGGUUCAACAAUGCUAGUAUCUACGACACGAACCGCUUUUCUGUGGCAGAUCCAGUUUCAAGGGCAGAUGUGUUCAACCUGGGCCAGGUGCCGAUGUUUGGUCACGAUAGAAGCAGGUCGGUGAUACGCUUGACUUCACAAGAACUGGAGUCUCCGCCAAGGGCUUCGAGUUCACAAUCGCCAAUCAGAGAGCGGGGACAUAGGACACUUCCUAGCGUGAAUCUCGAGAAUCUGUUGAAUGAUUUGUAA